UUUUCUCUUGUGUUUUUCUGAAACUGCUUAUUAUGGAAGCUGUCUCAGUGGAAUUAAAUGUUGUUUCUGGUUACUGCCACAUCUAUAUUUAAAAUCCUAAAUCCUUGUCACAUCAAAAAUAGUUAGUCCCCAGGCACAGGCUCCUUGUAUGUCUUGGUGUUACUAUAGUCAGACAUCUCACACUGAACGCCCCAGUCCUGCAAGAUCACCUCAGCUGUAUUAAGUAGAGUUCUGUGAGGGAUUGGUACCACUGGCCCUACCUCUACAAACACUUUUGUCUGCCGAAGCGAUCCAGUGCCUGCCCUGGAUGAUGUGAAUUAGUGAGGUUUGGCAAAAUGGAAGAGAAGAAUUGCAUUGCAUUGGACAUGGAUUUGUUGGGCCCUCAGAAAAGAAGAGGUGAGGGAUUCUGGCAUCAUGAUGGGCUCCUGUGUCCAUGAAAGGAAUGGUGUCCAUUGUGGACAGGCUCCAGCCACUCAGUGAGAUCAGUUUUGGAGAGGAAAGUGGUUGGUCGCUCUAACCAAAAGAGCUGAUCCAGCUGAGUUGAAAACAAUAUUUUUGAAGUAUGCAAGUGUGGAGAAGAAUGGAGAAUUCUUCAUGUCUCCUAAUGACUUUGUCACACGGUACCUGAAGAUAAUUGGAGAUGAUUUGCCUAAUGCAAACACUGUACAGCUCCUUGCAGGUGUGGUGGAUCAGACAAAAGAUGGGUUGAUAUCCUUUCAAGAGUUUGUGGCAUUUGAAUCAGUCCUGUGUGCUCCAGAUGCAUUGUUCAUAGUAGCUUUUCAGCUGUUUGACAAGACUGGCAAAGGAGAAGUGACUUUUGAGGAUGCUAAACAAGUUUUUGGCCAGACCACGAUCCAUCAGCACAUUCCUUUCAACUGGAAUUCAGAGUUUGUACAGCUGCAUUUUGGAAAGGAUAGAAAAAGACACCUAACAUACCCGGAGUUCACUCAGUUUUUACUGGAGAUACAAUUAGAACAUGCAAAACAAGCCUUUGUUCAGAGAGACAAUGCUCAGUCUGGAAGAGUCACAGCUAUGGACUUCAGGGAUAUUAUGGUCACCAUCCGGCCACACAUGCUGACACCAUUUGUAGAAGAAUGUCUAGUAGCUGCUGCUGGAGGUACCACUUCCCAUCAGGUCAGCUUUUCCUAUUUUAAUGGAUUUAAUUCUCUCCUUAACAACAUGGAGCUCAUUAGAAAGAUCUACAGUACUCUGGCUGGAAAUAGAAAAGAUGUGGAAGUCACUAAGGAGGAGUUUGUUCUGGCAGCCCAGAAAUUUGGUCAGGUUACACCCAUGGAAGUUGACAUCUUGUUUCAGUUAGCAGAUCUUUAUGAGCCACGGGGGCGCAUGACGUUAGCUGAUAUUGAAAGAAUUGCUCCUCUGGAGGAGGGGACAUUGCCCUACAACCUGGCUGAGGCUCAGAGGCAGAAAGCUUCAGGCGAUGUGUCUCGACCUGUUCUCAUCCAGAUUGCGGAAUCAGCGUAUAGGUUUGCCCUUGGUUCGGUUGCUGGAGCUGUUGGAGCCACUGCAGUCUACCCAAUUGAUUUAGUGAAAACUCGCAUGCAAAACCAGCGUUCUACAGGUUCUUUUGUGGGAGAACUUAUGUACAAAAACAGCUUUGAUUGCUUCAAGAAAGUGCUGCGUUAUGAAGGUUUCUUUGGGCUUUAUCGAGGUCUGUUACCACAGCUAUUAGGAGUAGCACCAGAGAAGGCCAUAAAACUUACUGUUAAUGACUUUGUGAGAGAUAAGUUUAGGACUAAAGAUGGAUCUGUCCCACUGGCUGCAGAAAUUCUUGCUGGUGGCUGUGCCGGAGGUUCUCAAGUAAUCUUUACCAAUCCACUGGAAAUUGUCAAGAUUCGAUUGCAGGUGGCUGGAGAAAUUACUACUGGUCCACGAGUUAGUGCCCUCAGUGUAUUAAGAGACUUAGGUUUCUUUGGUCUCUACAAGGGUGCUAAGGCAUGUUUUUUGCGUGACAUCCCCUUCUCUGCCAUUUACUUCCCCUGUUAUGCUCAUUUGAAAGCUUCAUUUACAAAUGAAGAUGGGAGGGUUAGCCCUGGAAAUCUGCUCUUGGCGGGAUCAAUAGCUGGUAUGCCUGCAGCCUCUCUGGUCACCCCUGCAGAUGUGAUCAAGACAAGGCUACAGGUGGCAGCCCGAGCAGGACAGACCACCUACAGCGGCGUUGUGGACUGUUUUGCCAAGAUCCUGCGGGAAGAAGGUCCCAAGGCUCUCUGGAAAGGAGCAGGAGCUCGUGUAUUUCGAUCUUCUCCUCAGUUUGGUGUAACUCUGGUGACUUACGAGCUACUGCAGAGAUGGUUUUAUGUGGACUUUGGAGGAGUAAAACCAGCUGGAUCAGAGACAGUUCCUAAAUCUAGGAUCACGCUCCCUGCUCCUAACCCUGACCAUGUUGGUGGUUACAAAUUGGCAGUUGCCACUUUUGCAGGGAUUGAAAACAAGUUUGGACUUUACCUACCUCGGUUUAAGCCAUCGCCACCUACCUCAAAGGCUGCUGCAGCAGUAGGACCCUAAGUUUAUUGCUGUAGGGUUUUUGUUAUUAGUUGGGAAAGAGCCACUUUUCUAAUUGGUUAAUACUUCAUUCCUUUAGCUUCUCAUCAUAUAAAAGAUUAGCUUCAUUUGAGUUUUAAGGUAAUUUUCAUCUUAAAUGGAAUCAUUUGUCUUUGUGCUUCCGUAACCAGAUCACUGUGAAAUUCUUACCAGUUGUUUUAAGUUUGGGACCAUGAAUGUAUUUGUCCACAUCUGACAUGUGCUUGUGUUGGGAAGACACUAAUUUUAGGUUCCAUUUAUUGGGGAGGGCUGGGCGAGAGCUGCGAACCAGAUCAUUUUACAGGCAAUGCUCAGUUGCAGAUUACCAGGGCAGAUGUCACACAUCAUCACUCAGAUGGAAAACUCAUUGGAUAUCACGGUGCUCGAAGCAGAAUGAUUUGGACUGUGCGUGCAAAUUGGUUUUGAACUUGGUGCGUGUGUGUAGAGGUCAGCAAAUAUAUACCUGGUACCUAAGUAUGCCAGUACAGCUUCAACUUUCUAAAUCUGUAUACGCACAAGUUCUGUUUCUGGAUUGUAUUAUGGAGCUUUUAUGUGGAACAUGUUUUUGUAAUGGAAACCACAUUUAUAAAUGUUUAGCCGUUGUAUUAUGUUACUGGUAUCAAAAUGCUCAAAAGAAAGUGUUAUUGUCCAUAGUCUUUGCACUUUAUGGCAGAACUUUUGGCAUUCUACUACACAUACAAGGAAAUUUCAUAACUAGGUGCCUAUCCUGGGUUGCUGGUGUUUGGAAUUCAGUUUGUAUAUGCACUUCUAUAGUAAAACGCUGCUUGUUUAAAUAACUGCAAUAGAAAAUUCAUGCACUGUAUCAAUGGUACCUGCCUUAACUGCUGGCUUGUAAUUGGCAAAUAGGUGGUUUCAGAUUCUUAUUUACUUCAUUGAGUCAAAAGAGAUUAAAAUAGUCUAAAAUAAAAGAUUUUACUUAA